UAGUUUUGUUUCCAUUAGAAGAAACAUUCACUCUUGCCUAUGAUUAUGCUUGUGUGCUGUGCCCUACACAAGUGUCAUGCGAAUGACUUGGACAAUCAUGCAACCAUUUGCCAACUCCUACUUAACAAAAAUAAACAGAAAGUUUUCAAUAAUUUGGUCCAUACUCUGUUUUUCUUUUGAUGGUUAAUCGCUCUGUGGCUGUGAUCAUAGAAGCAGUAUUGUUCUUCAAGACUGAACAAAAUAGGCCACAAACACACAUAUAGAUAAGUGGGAUUUGGUGUGAAUAGUAAAGUUGAGUGAAUAAGACAUGGAAGGGUACAGAGUGAUUGGAAGUGAUGACAUGGGAGAGUUUUGUCUGCAGAGGGAGUGAGUGGCAGGAAGAAGAAAGGGAAGGAAUGUGCAUGCGCGUGGGGGUCAAUUCCGUUCACCCCCCUGUUCCUGUCUGAUGAGAAAGAAAGAUUUCCCACAAGAAGAAAAAUAUAUAUAUUAUGUUAAGAACAUAUAUCAUCAUCUUCUUUCACUUCAUUAUGCCUGCAAUCAUGAUUCUUGGUUGCCUCACACCCGCAUGCCCCUUCUCUCUCCCUCCCACUCUCUCUAACCCCUCCCCCUCCACCACCACCACCUAUAAAUCCCAUCCACUCUCCACUUGUCUCUCUCACUCACCUGUAGUAAUUGCUCCCAAAAUUCCCUCUCUCAAACCUCCUCCUCUGAUUCACCAACUCACUUAGUAAUUUCAUCAAACACUUUGCGUGCAGAAUGGCUGUGUCUGGAUUUGAAGGCUUUGAGAAGCGCUUAGAGCUUAAUUUCUUCGGUGACGACCCAGUUACCGAAAUGGGUCUUAGGCUAAUUAACAUGGAGUCUCUAGAGAAGGUAUUGAAUGCUGUGCAAUGCACUGUUGUAUCCUCUGUUGGGAACCAGUUUUUUGAUGCCUAUGUGUUAUCAGAGUCAAGCUUAUUCAUCUACCCCACCAAGAUCAUUAUCAAGACUUGUGGGACAACCCAGCUCCUCAAAUCAAUCUGUCCAUUGAUACACUAUGCUUUCAAUCUUGGCCUCACUCUGUGCUCCUGCAGAUACACAAGAGGCAGCUUCAUUUUCCCCAAAGCACAACCUUUCCCUCACUCAAGCUUCGAUGAAGAAGUAAUCCACCUUGAAGAGACAAUUCCUUCAAAUCUCUGUUUCAGAAAAGCCUCUGUUAUGCUCUCCAAAAUGUCCAACCAUUCUUGGCAUGUCUUCACUGCUAGUGACCAAGAAAUCCCAGUUGAUGAAACCCUGUACACGAUUGAGGUCUGUAUGACUGAGCUUGACGGUGUUUUAGCCCGUAAAUUCUUCCGACGUCCCGGCGACGACAAAAACAGCGACUCGGCAGGAAUGGAAAUGACGGAGAUCACUGGGAUCGACAAUAUAAUUCCGGGAGCAAUCAUCUGUGAUUUUGGGUUCGAUCCUUGUGGGUACUCGAUGAAUGGAAUUCACGAUGGAGAUCGCUACUCUACAAUCCACGUAACCCCUGAAGACGGUUUCAGCUACGCGAGUUUCGAAUGCGUGGGGUCCAUCUACGAUGAUAAAGAGCUCUUCUCGGAGACUUUAAAGAAGGCGGUGCAAGUUUUCCGUCCGGCGACGCUCUCAGUUUCGACAACAUGUAGUUCUCACGAGGUUUGGACACGUGUCUCCAAUGAGAUAGAGCCACUUGGGUUCAAAUGCCGCAGCUUUGCUGUCGACGAGUUCCCAUCCGCCGGGAGUGUGGUGUUUCAGACGUUCACGAGUCGCCGGAAGUAGGCGGAGCACAAGGUGGUGGUAGAUAUAUUGGGAGAAAAAAAGUUAGAAAUUAGGAAGUUAGUUGGGAACUCUUAGGGCGGGGCGAUAAAACUUUAAAAAAAGAAAAAAGAAAAAGGGUAACGUGGAGGAAUUUGAUUGGUUGAGUUAGUGAUGAACGUUUUGUGUAGAAAGAUAAACGGAUUAGGGAGGGAUUGGGGGGAUCUAUCAUGAUAAUGCACCCCACUUAAGGCUUGUCACGCCUAAUUAAAAGAGUUUUGAGGGUUUUUUUUGUUUAAUAGUGGGGGGUUUCAUCAAAUUGUUCUCAUGUUUCUUUUGAGUUUAUAUCAACUUAAUUUCUCUUACUCUCUCUCUAUUC